AUGGCGAAUCUGCCGGCCUUGCUUCACAGCUUGCGGGAGCUUGAGGACCAGUUGCAGAAAGUUCUCGGAGAAGUUCGUGCGGAGGUGGAUUCCUUGUCUACGCAUGCGGAGCCCCAAAAAGCGGAGAAGACCUCCCAGGAUCCCUCAUCAGAGGUGCCUCUGGUCCUGAAGAGCUGCGUCAUGUGCGAGGAGACCGAGAGAGAGAAUGCCUCGCACGUUGGCAUCAGAAGCGCGGCGACGCAGCAUGCAGCCUCGCUUCUGGGUCACACGGAAAGCCAUCCAAAGAUGCACCUCAACUCCCACUUCAUGGAGCUCUCCCUGACAUCAGGUGGGGCUCUUCAUGCUGCCGGAUCUGCAGGUAUCCAACCUGCAGCACUUCGAGCAAACUCAGGCUUUUCUCCCCAGAGGAUGAAGGAAAGGACCAUGCUGAACUCCUUCUGGUCAGCUGUCCUGGCGCCCCACUCGCGGCCACGCAUCGCUUGGGAUGCCAUCGGCACAGGCCUCGUCAUUCUGGAUGCCUUGAUCCUUCCGCUCAGCCUCGCAUGGGAUUUCGACGUGUCACCAAUGAAAACUGAUGAAGUCUUCUUGCAAUUUUACGCUGUCUUGCAUUUGGUCUUCUGGCCUCUUGACAUUCUCGUGAACUUCAACACGGGAUUCUACCAGAAAGGCGUGCUGAAUCUGAAGCGAUCCAGCAUUGCGAAGAAUUACAUGCAGACGUGGCUUUCGUUUGACCUCGCGAUCGUGGCUAUUGACUGGCUGUCCGUGAUUAUUAUCGCCACACAGGGCGAUUCCGGAGUCGGCUACGCGAGAUCGCUCCGAACUGCUCGGUACCUGCGAGCGCUUCGAAGCUUUCGCGUGCUCCGCAUCGUAAAGGACGACAGGGUCAACGCAAUGUUGGAGAACAUCGUCAUUGCCAUGGGCCGCCAAUGGCUGAUCUUGGCAUUCAACGUAAUGAAGAUGCUCGCGUGGAUUGGGUGCACAGCACAUCUUCUGGCUUGUGCGUGGUGGGGCGUUGGCAUGCUGCAUGUGGCUACUGGAAACAGCUGGAUAGACUAUGCGGGCGUGACACAAUCUUCAGGCUACGUGCAGUACAUCCACGCCUUGGCUUGGAUCCUGCAACCGCCAUCUCCACCGGAGCUCUCGGUGCUGGCGCCGAACAGCUUCGCCGAGCGGCUGGUGUCCAUCUUGCUGGUUGUGGUGACUGUCCUGGUGAUUGGGUCCUCCUUGUCCUUGCUCACGGGCACCUUGCAGGAAAUACGGACCAUCAGCAAUGAACGAAGUCGGAAACGCAGGGAGCUUCGGACAUAUUUGCAUGCGCAAGCAGCACCCACUGAGCUCAUUAUGCGAAUCAUGAGCUUCGCGGACUACAAGCUGGAGCGCCACUCUCCCGUUUCCUUCGAUCCCGACCUCAUCUCGCCAUUGCUGGCAGCCGAGCUGGCUAUGUUUCAGAAGGGCCACCUCAUGAUGGAUCAUCCACUAUUCUCCCUGAUCAGAUCUGCCUUUCCCAAAGUAUUUGCUGACAUUUGCUGUGCUUUGGAGAAGCAGCUGUUCUACGAAGGUGAAUCUGUGUUUGUGGUCGGGCUGCUGGCAAAAGGCAUGUACAUCACCAGCCAUGGAAGCUUCUGUGUUCGCGCAGCUUCCGGCUCGGAAGAGGGCACCGAGCGGUUCACCGGAGACUACCACUUCUUUGCUGAGGCCGCACUCUUCGCAGAUGCCGUCGUUCACGACUGCACGUUGGACAUCGAGACGUUUGCCGAGGUUUUCUUCGUAUCUGGUCGAAGUAUGGCUUCCAUUCUGAUGAACUCCCCUGUUUGUGCUGCACUCUGCGUCGAGUAUGCCAGAGAGUUCGUGUCUGCCUAUUCCGAAGGGAUGCGAAGCGGAACUUCUGCCGCAAGUUGUGGUUGGAGGCGAGAGCUACGAUGCGCACAAGUGGCUAUGAAGACCAACUCCUUCUAUGUCGAGCUUCAUCUGGACGAGCGAAAGAUGCUGAAGUUCGUCAACUUGCUCCCGCCGACCAAUAGUGUCACCGCGAGCGUGUCUUCCCGGGUCUCAUCGGUCUCAUCGGUGGCGACGGCAGAGGCUCCAAAGCCCAUGACCAUUAGCCAGUUCACGUCUUGGGCGACCGUGGAGCGCGCAGACCCAGAAGGCUUUGUGACCAAGCUUCGUGAGGUGUAUGUCGAGCUGGACCCGGCGCAUGGCCUUCAUGCAAUGUAUUCUGAGCCGGUCGAGCGAGACAAGGCCGAGUGUGGCUGCCUUUGCCUAGCAGCUUUGGCCUCCAACAGCUACGAUUUGUUUGUCGCACCCCAGAGUGCGGAGUCUCGGCUGGAAGUAUCCCAGUGGAACCAGCUGCGCGGCUUCCUGGACUGGGCGGCCCCAACGCAGGAGAUGCUGCAGGCGGCCUUCUUCCUGCUGUCGGUGCGCAGCAUCGGAAAAUACAGGACGGUGACCCGCCAGCUUCCCGAGGAGCAUCAACGUCCAGAAGCUGCAUUGCUGUACAUCCUUGACCACUUCCCCAAUGUGGUUCCGUCGGUGCGAAGUUUGAGUGAGACCGCGAAACGGAUGGUGACCAAUGUCUUGCAGCUCCAACAGGAUUUCAUCCUGCCGCAGAUGCUGCAGGGCGAGAACGUGCCCGCAAACCUUGCGCAGCUGCAACGCUUCGUCCAGGAAACCGGUGAGGAGACGCUGAAGUUUUACGUUGUCUUCUUACUGGGCUUCAUGAGUGCUCUGCAAGGUGGUAAGGGUUCGAGCUUCAUGACUGCGGCCAACGCGAAGAGCAUCAUCCUCGGGCUUUCCGCAGUUCAGCAGCUUCUCUUCAAGGAUUCCCGACUUCUGUACUGGAUGUACAUCUACCAGCGGGGCUUACAGCUUCACCAGCCGGCGGGCUCUGCCGAAGAUUUGGCCGUUCUACGCCUUGCCUGCCUUUGCCGAGUCCGAGACAGACGUGACUUUGAAGAGCUGUCGAGAGACUGGGCUGAGCUCGGCGCUCCUGAUCAAGAGGUCCUGACACAACACUUUCUGGCAAGUGGAAUCCAGAACUCCGCCAUCGUUUUCGAGUUUCUUCCGCUUUGCUUGGAGCGCGCCAAGAGAAACCCGCACGUAUCCGUGCCAUGCCUACUAGAGAUUCUGGUUGUUUUGGUCAAGUCUGUCUUCACGAUGCGCGCAAGCGAGCAAGCAGGAGAGAUUGGAGAGAUCAUCACGGUCGACCUGUCGAACCUGGCAGCCUUCAUCCUCAUGGUGCAAAACCGAUUCGUCUUCCAGACGUGCCUCUCACGGUCAAAGCUGAUCGUGACACAGAACACGGCGCAGAAGAACGGCCAGGGUGUUCGAGAUGCUUGGUUCCGACUGGACCUGACCGAGGACAACUGGAACCGGGUGAACGAGAGGCAGCACGAUGUGGCUUUGCUUGCCAGCACGGUGCGGGAUAUUCUGCAUCGGCAGAGCAGCACGAAGCGGACGGUUUUCGAUACCGUGAGCGUCUAG